AUAAUAAAUUACGAGAAACCAGAAUUAUGUAUACAUAUUCUUUUAAGUUUGGCAGUCAAACUUUCGAUUUUGUGAUCAUAGGAUCAAGGUUCAUAGAUAAAUUUCUAAAAAGUUAUGUUUAAAUUUUAAAAUUUUUCACAAAAUCACAAUGAUUUUUCGUCACUUUUCUCUACAGAUCAUUCAAAUUUUCAUAAACAUUUGUUUUGCCUUGAAUGCCGACUUUGUAUUUCCAGAUCAACUUUUUGAUGGUAGCGAAUGUUUACUAAACGGAAAUAAUGAAAAUGGAACUUGCAAAGAAUUUCUGAAAUGUCCGCAAAUAUUAAGUGAAAUAGAAAAUGGUUUAAGAAAUUUUAAUGCUGAAGAUCAUUGUAGCAUUUAUGGGUUUAACUACCUUGUUUGUUGUCCAUUAGAACAACAGGUUGUCUCUACCUCUGACGAUUUUGGCCUUCGACCUAAUAGUGACGUAGAAAAAAAUAGUCAACAAAUCGGAGAUGAAUUUAAAAUUGCAAAAUUACUUGAGGCUGCAUUUGAAAGUGAGGAGGCAUUUGAGGGUAAAUUACCUUUCAUGGCUUCAUUGGGAUAUAAUAAUUCCAAUAGUAAUUUGAGUAAUAUAAAUUAUAAAUGCGGUGGUUCAUUAAUUACUACACUUUAUGUUUUAACUGCUGCGCAUUGUAUAAUAAAUGAAAAUAACCACAUUCCAAUAGAGGUGCGAUUGGGUUUUGUAAAUCAAAAAAUUUCUACCAAUGGUGUUCAACGCAUUUUAAUAGCAAAUCUCUAUCCUCAUCCAAAUUAUAGACUAAAUGCUCAUUAUUUUGAUAUUGCUUUGAUAAAAUUAGAAAAACCUGCAGAAAUAACUUCAAUUGUUAGACCAAUUAAUUUGUAUAGAAAGCCAAUUGCAAGUGAAUUUGCAACAAAUGACAAUUUAUUUACAGCCGGAUUUAAUUUAAAAAAAGCUGGUAUUGGAAAUUCUGCAAAAGUCUUGAAAUUCUUCGAUAUAAAACUCGUGGAUAAAUCUCUUUGUGCAAAAGAAUUUAAUGGAAUUUUGAGACUUCCAUUUGGACUCGAUGAAAGUAUGAAGUGUGGUAAAGAUAUGAAUGAUAUGAGAGGAUACGACGUAUGUAAAGGUGACAGUGGUGGUCCAUUAUUUUUACGCAAUGAAAAUACCUUCUCUCUCGUUGGUGUCAUUUCAUUUGGUAUCGGAUGCAUUGGUAAUAUUCCAACAGUGUAUAUUUCAAUUUAUCACUUUUUAGAUUGGAUAGAGACUCAGGUUCGGAAAGGCAGUCCUUGUUUACUUGAGAAGAAUGAAAAAGGCAUUUGCAAAAGUAUAACACAAUGUCCAAAAAAAUUAAAGGAAACUCGUCUAGGCUUAAGAAAUAUAAAUUCAAGUGAUCGUUGUGGCUUUGUAGGUGUUAUGGAAAUUGUUUGUUGUCCCUUACAACAUUUCCAUGAUAAAAUUGGUCUUCGACCUGCUGACAUAGCUUGUCAACAAUUUGAAAAUGAAAUUCCUAUAAAUGAGGGAUUACGUUUUCAUAUUUUUAAUGGAGAAGAAGCGAUUCAAGAUGAAUUUCCUUCGAUGGCAGCUUUAGGAUAUCGCGAUAAGGAAAACAAAAAUGUCAUUAUUUAUAAUUGUGGCGGCUCAUUGAUCUCAACACUUUAUGUUUUAACUGCUGCACAUUGUAUGAUAAAUAUAAAUAAUCAAGUUCCAGUAGAGGUGCAAGUAGGUUCUAUCAAUCUUGAUACCACCACAGAAUUUACGCAACGUAUUUUGAUCGACGAAACAUUCCCUCAUCCAAAAUAUAAAUUUAAUGCUCAUUAUUAUGAUAUUGCACUUAUAAAAUUACGAAAUCCUGUUCGAUUGACAACUUCUGUCAGGCCUAUUUGUCUUCAAACAAAACUUGUGUCCAAUGAGGAUAGUCAAAACAGUUCAUUAAUUGUAAUUGGAUUCGGAGCAACAAGUUUUGAUACUGAGAGAUCUUCAAAGUUGAUGAAAACUCCUGGCUUAGACUUUGUUAAUAGAACUGAAUGUGAUAAAAUGUACAAAGGAGUUAGAAAACUUCCAAAUGGAAUAGAUCAAAAAAUGAUUUGCAGUAGAGAUUCAAAUGUAACAAGACGAGCAGACGCUUGUCAAGGUGACAGUGGAGGGCCACUUAUAGUACGAAAGAAAAAUGCUCAAUCUCUAAUUGGUAUUACUUCAUUUGGUUCAGCAUGUGGAAGUGUUGUACCAGGCGUUUACACCGCUGUUUUUCCAUAUUUAGACUGGAUAGAAAUGCAAGUUUGGGGAGAAGAAGUCCUCGUUUAUCCCGAGGCAAAUAUUUCAUCGGAUUCAGAAUCAGAAUCAGACUGAUAUGAUAUCAAUAAAAUUAUAAUUAAUAAUUCGAGACGAAUGAUUCAAAUUUUUUUUUUUUUUUUUUUUUUAUCAAUGCUCAAAAUUAUUCUGUUCUCAAAUGCAGGAUUCUAUUUUAAUUUAAAUAUUAUUUCGUCAAUUUUAAUUUUAAUUAAAAUUAAUUUCUAUAAUAAAUUAAAUUUGGGUGUAUUAAAUAAAUAACCCAAAAAAUAACUCAAUUACUUUUGUAAUUAAAAAAAUAUUGCUCAACUCUUUUACAGGACAACUUUUUUAAACUGAUCAAGUACUCAGUACUAGAUUUUACGUCACAUAUAAAUUGUCAAUAUAAUAGGUUUUUUUUUUUUU